AUGUUGGAAAAGGCCCUCGGUCUGGCGAAGAAUGGUAGACCAAAAGCGGCGCCUUUUGUGAAAGCUUGGGAGCAUCAUCCGAUAGGUUAUCCCAGACUCUCUGAACAUAUCGCCUGCAAGCCAGAAAGUGGAAUAUAUCGGCGAUUUGAUGGACUCAACGCACGUCGUGUGCUGUACCUGCAAGCCGAACUCUGCGUCUUGGAAAAGAAAUUGCAUUUGAUUGAGAGGCAGGACAAGAAAGGGUCGAAGGGAAAACGAGCCGAGUACGCUAUCGAUUACCAAUGUAUGCUAGAAGAAGCGGAUGGAACGCAAUCAAAACAGAUUGAACUGAUAGGAAAGAUGCAAGAGAAGCUGAAUCAAUACAGUAAGCAUGCCGCCCUCAUACAGAACGUGGAUACUGGAAUGACGAGGAAUCUAGACAAAGCUCUCAUUCAGCUUUCCAUCCUUCAUAAGCUCAAAGCACCCGACCGAUUCGAUCUGUACAACAUCCAAGAGUUUCUUGAAAGUGAAGAGAUGGGGCCCAAUCAUAUGAACGGUGUCGAUGUGCGAACUUGGGGUACAACCACCGAUGCCGACAAUCACCCUCCAGACAUCAUAGCAGUGCAUCCACGCAACAUUGAAGACAAAUUCUCUCGGGUGGUGUCGGAACGCGCAAUAUACCUCUUCAAAUGCGGCCUGGGUCUCUUCACCAAAGGAAAUCGACAUCUGGGGCCGAAAGUGUACUAUGACACUACUGUGGCGAAGAUCACACUAUGGGUCAGCUCCAUGAUUGCUGCCAUGCUACCCAUCGCAUCCAUUCUGGUGCUGAUUCAGCUCGACAACUUGAAAGCGAAGCUUUGGACAAUCGCAGCCUUCAACGUAGGCAUGAGCUUUUGUUUGACGUUUUUUGCUAACGCCAAGCGAGCUGAAGUUUUCGCUGUGACAUCCGCGUACGUAGUAUGCGUUCAAUGA